AUGGCAUCCGUGAAAAAGGAAGUGUUGGGCGUCGGAGCGUGGGCAUUGGCUACUCGCCAUUGCUGCACGAUGUCCGGGACCGCAUGUUCGUGCCGUUUGGCCGGCCAAGCUGCUCACCGCAUUGUCAUCGCCAGCGGAGCGACGGUCACGUCACACGCCGUGCCACCAGGCGUGAGCCAUGGGUGCGUUGCCCGCUCUUCCUCGUAA